GCACCACAUCUAUUUGUCGGCUGUCAACUGGCUUCCUGUCGUAAUGGAGUUGCGUAUUAGAGAGAAAUUGAGCUCUACACAUGGUCGCCAUUUUCGGGCAGAAAAUCGGUGAUUGUGUUUGUUGACGCUUAUAUUGAGCCGGCAUUUAUUUUGCUGAUUAAAUUAUUUAUAAAUCUGUGAUCUCAUUAUGAUCAACUACAUAUGUUGCUUCACGAUAAUUCUAUUCCUUUCUUUGUGAAUCUACAAGCGGUGGUGAUAUUCCACUCUAAAGUGAAGUGUACAAAUUGCAUACUUUGCGUGAAGUGCAUUUUUAUCAUGGCUGACAGCGACAAGACGUUAAUUAGAGAUGGUAAUCUUAGCAAUAAUAAUCGAAACGUUAGCGUUCCCAGCAUUGUUCCCCCUUCAUCGGGAACUAUGCAUCCAGAUACACACCCCACACAUCAUGUUGCUAGCGAACCUUCGACGUUAAAAAGAAAACAAACUUCAUUUCAGAUUACAAGCGUGACUGUGAAAGGCUCCCGUCUUAGUACUGAUGGCGGUGAAGAUAGCGCCGACGAUUUAGACGAGAGCCAUACAGAAGAUGUAAGUUCAGAAAUUCUAGACUGCUCAAGAACCACAGAUGUAGACAAUGACCAAUUGUCUGAAGAUAACAGCAACACUAACAACGACGAUCUGUCAAACCAAACUCCAUCCAUUCCUCUCAAGUGUAAAACAGAAAUUAAUGUUAAACAUGAAGCACAAAUUGACGUUGCUGUGAAAAUUCCAUCCGAAUCUUCCAAAACUGAUAAGCCAAGUAUACCACCUGAAAAGAAUCAAAGUGAACAUGUGGUGAAUCCACCUACGCUUCCAGAUCAGUGGCAACAUAGGUUUAGAGUAGUUAAAAUUGUAAGUAGCGAACCAUUUAAGAGAGGUCGUUGGCUUUGCAUGGAUUUUAUGGAUCCACCUGCCCCUGCAGUAGAAGCAAAGUCUGAAAUUUCUGAAUUAUCUUCUGCUUCUAACAUACAAUUGAUUCCUGGAUCCUGUUUCUCAGAUGCAGUACCAUCUGACCGUGUUGCACAUAUUUAUGAAAUCUCACCAAGUGAUGCUUAUCCUGGCAGCAUAUCAGUAGCUGUUGGUCCUGACCAAAUACAGCAGCCAAUGUAUGGAAUAUUUCUUCCUGUAAAUAAUGGCCAGUAUCCAUUUAUCACUGGAAUGCAUUCGGUAGUAGGACCAGCUGCGAGUCAAAAAGAGACAGUAACAAAGGAAACUUCACAAUCCAAAGCCACUAACACAUGUGGAAUCCAACAGACACAAAAUAUUUCUGCUGGCCAGACUACGUUUACAGAACGCCAGCAGCAACAGCAAUUUGCUUGUCAGCCAGCUCAGGGAUUAUCAGCGGCUACUUCUCAGCCGCCUUCGAAACCUGUUCAGCCUGCCACAGCUGUUCAAGCCUGUCCUCAACAUCAAUCACAAACAACUGUGAAGGUGUCCACUAGUGCACCUACACAGCAGCAGCCCGCUGCUAGCGCACCAACAGUCUCUCAAUCGACUGCAACUCCUGCAACAAUAACUCAACCUCAAUUGCCUCCUCAGUCACAACAGGCUCAGGACUCUCAGCUUACUAUGCAACAGCCACAAAUUCAACCAUCAAUAACAUCACAAAGUCACACGGUGCCUGUCAGCACCAUUUCUCAGAAUAUUUCAGAGCUAGUUUCUAAGCCCAUUGUUGUAUCUUCCAAUACACAAAUAGGUGAUUUGACCCCAACACCUGCUACUACAAUUUCUUCUGCACAGCCACAAGUUUCGCAAAUCUCUAAUGUAGCUGUGGCACAAAGUUCCACUAUAGGUACUCAAGCUUCUGCUGUUGCUAACAUUCCUGAGGUUGUAUCAGUAUUGAGUACCAAAAUUCAGGAGACAGUAACUGUUCCUAGUCAAGUAAUUCAAAAUCACAUUGAAAUCAAGGAGCUUGGAACACCUCCUUCAACCAAUCCACAGGUUUCUGAAGAAAUUUUACCUGAACCUCCAUCUGCAAAAAGUGAUAUAAAUGGAGAAGAAUCCGAAAGUGUUCCUAGUGGGACCAGCACUGUUGCUAUAGAUAACAAAAUAGAACAAGCAAUGGAUUUAGUAAAGAGUCAUUUAAUGUUUGCUGUAAGAGAAGAAGUAGAUGUUCUAAAGGAAAAAAUUACGGAACUAAUGGAUAGAAUAUCACAACUGGAGUAUGAAAAUGGAUUUUUAAGGGCUAAUGCCAGCCAACAGACUUUAGAGCAACUCAACCAAUCUCAACUUCUUCAACAGCAGCAGCAACAAAAUCAGCCUUCUACAGUUUCUAUGAACUCAUUUCCUCAACAGUCUGUUCCUCAGCAGCAAAUAAAUAUUCAAAAUCAGCAGUCAACUUCAUAACAAUGAUUAAAUACUUUUCAAAUAGUACUUUAAUAAAUACUGUAAAUGUUUUUGGUAGUUUUGCAUGAUGGUCAGUAUAGAAAUCUGAUCCGGAAUUAUUCUAUUUUAUAUCUGUGUAGUACUAAUUUUUUUUUUAAUAAAAAUUUAUUUGGUGUAUUUGAAUUUCUUUGGUCCCACAGUAGCAAGAAUUAAGUUAAUUUCUUUCCUUGCUUAAAAAUUAAUGAAUUUUCAUUUUUGCUUUUUAAUAUUUUAGAUGUAAAUGCAAAAAUGGUGGUUUAUUAAAUCAAUUAUUGUAAGACAAUUGAAUUAAUCUUCAUUUUUGCAUGUACAAUAUUUUAACUGCCUUUCACAAAAAGCUUAAAAGAAUAAACUCUUUAAAGCUUGAAGAUUACAGUCCUAGAACUCGUAUAAUAUCUAAUAUACAGUUAAUUAAAUAUAAAUUAUUUAUAUGUGCACUACUGAUUUCUUGAUUAUUAGAUCAUUAGUUAUACUAUUAAAAAAACUCAGCUGCAAAUUAUAGUGGCUACACCAUAUGCAAUACUACCAGAUGCUGUUACUCAUAGACAUAGUCUAAAGCAUAGAAGUACUUUAAAGAAAUGUUUUUGGAUUCUCAUACCAAGGUAAUCUCUUCAUUAAAAAUAUUUGUUAAAAAGCAUUUCUAGAUCUGUUGCUUGCAAAUAAGAUGCUUAGAAAAAUUACUGGAAUAAUUCAUUAGUAAUAUUGUAAAUUAUGAAGAUUGUCUUUUAUAAUGCUUUUUGUAAGAUAAAUUUUUUAAAAUAGCUAUGUAGAAUUUUUACCUAUCUGCAAGAAAUAAAACCUUUUUUGGUUUGAUUAUUUAUCACACAUUAGAAAUACUGUUGUGCUUGUGUAUUUAUGUAUGUUUUAAUCAACAUAGAAAGAUCUGUUCUCUUAAAGACCUUAAAUAGUAGCCAUAUCUGUAUUUUUUUUAUAUAUAUAUAUACUAUAUACAUAGCUGCUAUUUAAAUGUUCAUAAUGGGAUAUGUUGAUUGUAAUUUAUUUUGAUCAGUAUUAAUUAUUUGGUUUGUUAUGCUUACAGUGUUAGUGUAUGCUGGUCUUACACGAAUGCUUUGUUCGAAAAAAUUCAUUCCUUUAGUGUGAACGAACAAUGUGCCACAAUUUAUGUCUGUGUCAUGUCUUUGAAAGAGUGUGUGCGAGAAAAAACGGCGCUCCAGGUGGACCAAUGCAAGAUGUACAGGAAACUUUUGUAUUUCAUGAAAUACUGUUAAACAAGUGAACUGUGUCAAAUUCUUACACUGUCAAGUAUGCGUGUAAAGAGUGUUUUCGGAUUAGAUGCAAAAAUGCUUUGUAUAGGGACUAAUUUUCUCAAUAAGAAAAACAGGUCUGUCAUAAUACGCCUUAUAGGUUACAAAUUGUGAUAAAAUUAAAUACUGUAGAGGUUGUGGUAUUGUAUAUUGUAACCUUAAACAUGCCAAGCGAAAUUAAACAACCACUUAAGAAUGUGAUAAGUGUAUUAAAUUCAAAGAAUCUUUCCUAUCUUCAGUCUUGUUUUUCUUUCUGCACUAAUUUGAAGCUAAGUCACUUGAAAUAGAACAUUCCUUACACCUUACGUUGGUGCUCAGUUCAUGGGUGCACUUUUAUUUCUCAACCUAUUAGGUGCUAUUGUGAUCAUCAGUUUUACCGUUCCUAAUCACAAGUAUUUUGUACUGUGAUGUAUCAUAUGUAGCUCUCUGCUUUCUGUAGAAUUGACAUUCUAAAAGGGCUUAUGUAUUAUAUUAGUAUGUAAAAUGAUACUGCAUUGAGGCAAAGGAGCUGGGCCAGUUUUAUAAGUCUUUUUAAGGAGCAUCUGUAGAUAAAUGCUAUGACAUCUAGCUUGAAUACUUACUCUAAGGACUCCUCUGCUUCAAUGUUGGAAAUGCAACUGUUUCUUUCUUUUACAGUGUGAUAUAGUCAUCAGCUUGUACAAUAAAGUUCUAUGAUUCUGACUUAAA